UUGUGCAGCUCCGCGAGCGGACGAGCGGACCGAUGCUCCCGGGGCGCCGCUGCUCUGUCCAGGCUUCUCCAGAAUGCGCCUGAGCGGACCGUCUGAGAGCGGCUGAGUGUAGGUGUAGCUCGGGAGUGCGUCACCGAGGCGCUCGAGACGUUUUUAGCCCGUUCGUACCGCGCUGAGGAUGCACGGCAGGAUGUCUGUCGCGCGCCCGCGGAGGAGAACGGCGCUGGACGUGUUCUGCGUCUGUUUGUCCAUAACUCUGGCUUAUUCCUACAACAUCGACCUGGAGCACCCCGUGCUGUUCCGCGGACCGCGCGAGACCUUCUUCGGAUAUUCGGUUCUCGAGCACUUUCAUGAUAACACGCGCUGGAUUCUGGUAGGAGCUCCCAGAGCGAACUCAUCCUUCAGCAGUGCCGUACGCUCACCUGGAGCUGUCUUUAAGUGCCGCAUCCACAGCAACCCGGAGCGACGCUGUACGGAGGUGGACCUGGGCAGAGGGAACAAGCAACGGGAGUCUUGUGGGAAGACGUGCCAAGGAGACAGGGACGACGAGUGGAUGGGGGUCAGCCUGGCGAGACAGGAUAAACCCAACGGCAAAGUUCUGGCCUGUGCACACCGCUGGAAAAACGUCUACUAUGAGUCGGAGCACAUCCUCCCCCACGGGUACUGCUCUGUGAUCCCUCCCACGUUACAGGGCAGCACGCGGGCACUCAUUCCGUGUUACGAGGACUAUAAGAAGACGUAUGGGGAAGAACAUGGCUCGUGCCAAGCGGGAAUAGCGGGUGUUUUCACUGAGGAGCUUGUCGUCAUGGGAGCACCUGGAUCGUACUACUGGACCGGAACAGUCAAAGUGUUCAACAUCACCUCCAACUCGCAGUACAGCCUCAACAAGGAUGAGCUGAGUUCUCAGAGAUACAGUUACCUGGGUUAUGCAGUGACCGCUGGCCACUUUUCCUCACCCACCACUAUCGAUGUUGCUGCUGGAGCCCCUCAGGACGGGGGUGAAGGAAAAGUUUACAUUUUCAGAAUUGAGGGUACAUCUCUUGUGAAGACCUUUCAAGCCUCAGGGAAAAUGAUGGGCUCUUACUUUGGCUCCUCACUGUGUGCAGUUGACCUGAACGCAGACGGACUGUCGGACCUGCUGGUGGGGGCACCCAUGUUCAGCGAGGUCCGGGACGAAGGCCAGGUGUAUGUUUAUCUCAGCAGGGGCAACGGGGUGAUGGAGGAGGCUGAGAUUCUGAACGGAGAGAACGCUUACAAUGCCCAUUUUGGAGAGUGCAUCACCACCCUUGGCGACAUUGAUGAUGAUGGAUAUCAAGAUGUGGCGAUAGGAGCUCCUAAAGAGGAUGAUUACGGAGGUGCUGUGUACAUCUACCACGGUGACGCGAAGGGAAUAGUCAGCAAGUACUCAAUGAGGUUGUCUGGGCGAAGCAUCAAUCCAGCCCUUCAAAUGUUUGGCCAGUCAAUAUCCGGCGAUGUGGACAUGGAUGGAAACGGAUACCCAGAUGUGACGAUCGGUGCGUUCAUGGCAGACAGCGUGGUGUUAUUAAGGUCCAGACCGGUAAUCACAGUGGACGUGUCCAUCUUCCUGCCGACCUCCAUAAACAUCUCAGUGCCUCAGUGUCACGAGGGCCUGCAGCAUCUCAACUGCUUUGAGGUCACUGUCUGUAUGAGCUUCCACGGGAAACGUGUGCCUGGACAGAUCGAGCUGCUGUACAACUUAACAGCCGACGCAGACAAAAGACACAAGGGCCUGCCGUCCCGCGUCUACUUCACACACGGCGGAGAGCAGACCGGUGUGGUGAGUCAGAUGUUCAGCCUCAGCGUCCACCGGCAGGAGUGCCAUCAGUACACCGCCUACGUGAGGAAAGAGGUGAAGGACGUGUUUGCAGCCAUCACCUUUGAGGCAGUGUACAGCCUGGGCAAGCACGUGCUGGACGGACAUCACGAGCAGGAGCUCGUUCCACUCACACCCGUCCUGCGCUGGAAUAAGGGAGAGAAGAUUGCAGCCAGGAAUGAGACGUGGUUUGAGAAGAACUGUCUGUCGGACGACUGCGCUGCUGACCUGAGGCUGAAUGGGAAGCUGCUUCUAUCUGGACAUCACGUCAGGCCUCAUCUCGCUCUGGGAGGAGUGAAGAACGUCUCCCUGAACUUAACCAUCUCAAACGCUGGAGAUGACGCUUACGACACCAACAUCUACCUAAAUUUCUCCAGGGAGGUUCAUUACAUCAACUUCCUGCAGAGGGAAGAGAAGGGCAUUUCCUGUGAGCUGGUUCAGCUGGACUUCCUCAAGUGCAGCGUGGGAUUUCCUUUCAUGAGAGCGCAGACCAAGUACCAUCUGUCCGUGCUGUUUGACACAAGUCAUCUGUCUGGUGAAAACGAGACGCUGCUAUUUUUAGUACAUGCCAGAAGCGCGAAUCCAGAGCACAAACUACAUGACAACACUUUGGAACUGUCCAUCCCACUGGUGCAUGAGGUGGACACAACUGUGACCGGUGUCGUCAAUCCUUCCUCGUUUGUGUACGGAAACUCCAUUGAGGCCUCUCGCUUCGUUCAGCUGGAGGACCUGGAGUGCAACUUUCAGCCCCUCAACUUCACCUUCCAGGUGAUAAAUAACGGGCCGAGCAGGCUGCCUGCUUCCACUGUAGACAUAAGGAUACCUAACAGACUGGUUGCCAAUGGGGCAGACAUGUUCCACAUCAUAGACACACAGGUGGCUGAAGGUCGAGGGAACUGUACGUGGCAGCGAAACCCCACGCCGUGCACCAUCCCCCAGGACAAAGAGAGCAUCUUCCACACCAUCUUUGCCUUCUUCACCAAGUCUGGCAGGAAGGUUCUGGACUGUGACCGGCCCGGGAGAGCCUGUCAGACCAUCUCCUGCAGCCUUGGAUCUCAAGCUAAAGAAGAAGCUACGAGUAUAGAUGUGCAAAUGCUACUGAACACUGAAAUACUGACGAGGGACAGUUCCUCAGUUAUCCAGUUUGUGACACGAGGACACGUCCAAGUGGACCACCGGGCUAUGGAGGUGUCCAGUGGCCUACCUGAGGACAUUUCACUGGUGUUUGAGGCGCUGCACAGUCAGGAGCCCAGGGGUUAUGUGGUGGGCUGGAUCAUCGCCAUCAGCCUGCUGGUGGGAAUCCUCAUCUUCCUCCUCCUGGCAGUUCUGCUCUGGAAGAUGGGCUUCUUCAGGCGGCGCUACCGAGAGAUCAUAGAGGCGGAAAAGAACAGGAACGACAGCGACGAGAGCUGGGAUUGGGUCCAGAAAAGCCAAUGAGAGCUGGGAAGCGUUCCCAGAAGAUCCCAUAAGCUGCUGCCUUCACCGUGGCCAUGCCCUAAAGACCCACACCCUCCAGUCUUCCAUAUGUGGAAGAGAAGAAUAUUCUCCAAAUUUUUCGGAGGUUUGACACUUUCGUUUUCUGUAGGCGGAGACGUUUGAGGUGACGGUGUGGCUCACCAAAGACUCAACAGUGGAACUCCAUUGAUCCCAGCGGGGACGGCCUCCUGCCAGUCGGAUCGGACUGGAGCGAUGGAAGGAGAGAAACUGGCACUUCCUCAGAAGGAUGUGGAUAUUGUGUCAAAACUAGCAGACAAUAAAUACCCUCAGGGCGCUGAUUAAGAGCAAAGAUCUAUUUUUUUUUACAUGUAUUCCAUGUUGUAUAGAUAAGAGCUUCAGGAGAGCUUGAAGUCUCUCUUUUUUGGCCUUCAGACAUAUCUGUAUGGUGUUGCGUUUUAAAAGCACUGAUGCCGAAGAGUUCAUGCUCUUCAUUCCGACCUUCCUGUUGCAGAUCUUCCAGAGACGAAAACGGAGGUUUUCAUAAAAACAGCAGAUAUAAUAAGACAGGAAUGUCGUAGAAAUGAAGGGCAGUACCUCUUGUCUGAUUUGUCUCAUUUAUCGUUCUGUUUUGCAGAGAGAUAUAUAAACACGCCAUUUCUGAGUUUGAUUAAUAUUCUGCGGUCAAUUACGUCCCGAAUUCUCAAAUGCAAAAAGGCCACGAGGAUCAGGUCAGUGCAAGUUAGCAGUUCUACAAAUCUAUCAGCCUGAAAUUUGCACUGGAUGAUAAAAAUCUGAAUUACAUCUGAAUUAAAGUGUUUAUAUGUCCCUCCAUCCUUAGGUAAGAUUACCUUUGUUGCCUUGGAGCCGGUUUCCCAGACAUGGACCCUGAACUUUGAUCGAUUUACAAAUCUUCUGCAUAAUCGCGUAUUUGAGAUGUAAACAAAGUGAUUCAGAGUGGUUUGGUUUUAUAUAUAUAUAUAUAUAUAUAUAUAUAUAUAGAAUAUAUAUUUUUUCACAGUUCUUUAUUUUUCGUAUUACGCAUAAUAUCUGCAGAAUUCAGAUGUAAACAAAGUUUACUGACAUGGUUCAUUGUAGAGACUUCUUUACAGUGGUGGUGAAAAAAGCAGAGGUGGACGUCUGGUUCCUAUCACCACCACUGUGAACAGCUCUGACUUGGUUUCUCUAGAACAGAGCGUUUCACACCAAACCACUCUGUUUACAUCUUAACCAUUUAAUUAUGCAGAAAUCUUAAAAUUUUGGUGAAAUUCCCCUUUAAUUUCAGUGUUCAGUUGAGUUUUACUGGAGUUUUUAGGUCUUAGGCUUAAUCUUGGUUUGGAAAACCGGCCCAUGGAGUACAAGAAUCCAGUCUAGCCGAGGCCGUCACACUUUUCCUGUCUUUUUUUGUGAUUAUUCUGCAUUUCUUAAAAUCUCAUUCAAACAGAGAUAUUAAUAAAUGGGAUGUGUGAGUUCCCUGCCAUGCUCAAAUACUGCACCUAAAAAUAGGAGAGAAUGUGCUGCACUUCAGGAGUGGGCUUAAGCUCACUCUCUCUGGGGCUUAUGGGAGAAAGUCUGUUUUAAGUCAACACUUUGGAAUGCAAGAGCUCCCUCAGAACGUACAUCUGUUACAAAGCAGGGCCACGCUCGAGAUCAGAGGGGCACGGUGGGCUGCUGAAAGGACUCUAAAUCAGCGCAACACAGAAGAAACAUGCAUGUUCGGGAAGAUAAAUGCAGUAGAAGAGCUGAAAAUGCACAAAUACUAAGCAAACAAUAGUUUUCCAGUGUUCUUCCAGAGGCCUGAGCAACUGCAGCUUGAGGCACAUUUAUAUACUCCUGAGUUGUUACUUCAUCCUUUCAUCCUGUCAUACUGAGAUGACCCAUUAUCAAAUAUAGAUCCAUUUUAUAAAGAACAAGAACAUGCCGUAUCCAUAGCUCAGCUCUCUGAAUGUAAACAGUGCCAUGAUGUGUUUGUUUCACCUAAAAUUUCACAGAUGUUCUGUUUAAAGGGCCUAUUAUCAUUGAAAACCGACUUUAAUUUUCUUCUUUUUUUUGGUAAGAGUUGUAAUUUCAUAUGCAAACACUGUUCGCUCCCCAGUCUGUACAGAUACCAUACACCAAUCAGGCAUAACAUUCUGACCACCUCCUUGUUUCUACGCUCAUUGUCCAUUUUAUCAGCUCCACUUACUAUAUAG